GAUUAAGGUCAGGACUCAGUCCAACAUUGUUUUGAAGAAAUUCCUUGCAGUACAAGAGAAUCAUGGUAAUGGCCUUCCUCCUCCUGAUAAGCUUCACCCAUGUGACUUUUAUGGUCGAGUGGGAUGGGAAACUGGCCGUCGUUUGGGACCCGGAACCAGCCCUUUUGAUGCAACUGUCCCCCAAUUACUCAAGGAUGCGUUCGAUGCUGCAUGCUCAAUCCCAAGUACGUGCACUGAGCAAGAAGCUAUUGAUGGAUCCAAGACCAUCGAAACCGGAUGUGGAGAACUAGUUGGAGCCAGCAACGAUACUGGAGUUGUGGAUGCUACAAUGGCCUAUAUAAUACUUCGAAACUUUAUUCCGGAGAAAAGUGUCUAUUGCAACAAAGACGCGAACGGAGACAGUUACGGCUGGCAAAUUCUCCGUGAUGUCAUAAACUACGCAGCAACAAUAGUUCCUCCGGACAUAAGUGGUCUUAUAGUCCCCCCUAACCCGGCUCUCGUCUUUGUCACAUACGACAACACGACUGGAAGCCCCUCUGUUUAUGGUAUUCCUAAUUCAGUUAUCUGUAGUAAAGCCUACAAAUACAUGGUUUCCAUAUUCUCCAGUUUUGUUGAUACAUAUCCACUCGACCCGCGGUUCUUUUAUCUUACAGGAAAUUUGAAA